GUUUUUUCUUCUUCUUCUUCUUCUUCUUCUUCUGGUUUGUGUGUGUGUUUGUGCCUGCCGCGCUUGGAUGCUCGGGGACGAGGUCUUGAGGAAGCGAUGCCUGGCAGCAUGAUCUGAAGGUGAGUCUGCUCUCGUGUGGGUGUGUGUCGCUUGCUCUGCAUCGCACCCAGCCAUGGCCGACAAGGACGUUGCCACCGACAGAGUCAUUGCUCCCACGCGGCGCCCUGAUGGUAGUCUGCGCAAGGAGAUUCGCAUCCGCGCGGGCUACACUCCCCAGGAUGAAGUCGCCAUUUACCAGCCCAAGGGUGCUCAGCUUAGAAAGGGACUUGACGUCCCCCCUGGCUAUGAUCCCACUUCUGUAGCAAAGCCAAAGACGAAGGCGGCUAAGAAGAAUGAGAAGAGGAAAGAGAAGAAGCAACAGACUGUGAAUGCACCAUCUAGUCAAGAGUCUCCUGCUAGUGAUGGCGUCAGCAAUAUCUCCGAUCAUCUCAGUACGUUGAAGGUUUCCACAACCGGUGAAGGGCAGCAACUUAAUCCAUCUGAACAAGCUGAUUCUGCAAAUGUAACGUUGGAUAAGCGGAUCCGAGCUUUGAAAAAGAAGAUUCGAUUGAUGGAGCUUAAAGAAACUUCCUCACCAGGUACUUCAUUGAGUUCUGAGCAAACCGAAAAAUUAGAAGCCUGGCGUCUAGAGUUGCAAGGUCUCGAAGCUUCACUUGCUUCCGAAUAGAGAGCACUAGGCUCGUGAGUGGGAGUAAUAUAGAUGCAGUUGUAAAUAGGUCAAAGUUUGGCUGCCGAUUUCUAGAGUCAGAAGAGGCUCUUCAAAGGUUUACUGUCGGUCUUAGCAGACAAAAUCUGAUACUUUAUCUGGGGUAUGUUGUAUUGGUUUGAAGCUCAUAUUCUUGCAGAAAGAAUUUUUUUGAUGCAACUGCGUUAGUGAAGGUGCCGCUGCAGGUUUGUUCUGAAUGUUGGCUACACGGGCUUCA